AGCCUGUUUCUCUAGUUCUCUUACGACAGACAAGAUACAAGUAAGCGCUCUCUAAAAGGGAAAUUUGGUUUCAACUCUCAACCGCACAGCUAUGGGUCACUCCAGUUUAUUUCUCUCUCUGAUUUUUAUUACUCUAGUGGCGUUCAGCUCAGAGUUUUUCUGGACUACUUUGAAACAAGUUGGCUUCUUUGAACGUCCAGAUGAGUCCAAGUUUUCUCCUCGCCCUCUUCUUCGCAGGUUACGCAGCCAGGUGUUUUAAUUUCAUCGACGCGUCACGGCAAGGACCUGAUGUCAAUGAUGCAGAGAACCAGAUCGUUGUUGACAACGAUGCAAGGAAUGUAGAAAUUCCUUGCGUGAUAAACACGGAUGGUCUGUCCUGGUCGGACCUAGGCUUAUAUAUGUGUCCGACGAUGGUACAAUGCAGAAGUGAUAGGGACCGAUUCAAAUUAGCUCGAAUCGAAAAAAAUACGAUAUUCAAUUACUAUCCUGAGGAUUUUAAAGUUAGCCUAAAUGGAUCAUUGAUUGUACGAAAGAUGUCAUCAAAGUAUGACGGAAUGGUUGUCUGGUGUAUAGGACAAGUUCGGUACCAUGGAGCGCGAGAAAACACGACACUUAUUAAAAUAGCCAAAGAGAGGCCAAAAAUUAGAAUAAAAAGUCCGCAACUGCUCUCGGUAAUCGUAGGAACGAUUCUGUACUUAGGCUGCAAUGCAACUGGUUAUCCUCCUCCCCGGGUAAUCUGGUUUCGUGACAAGGAAGUUCUUCAAAACAGAUCAAUUGAAGAAAGCACAAGUUUGGUGCUAAAAAAUGUCACUAAAGACGACGAAGGAAAAUACAUUUGCAGGGCUACAAAUCUUUUAGGAAGUGAUAGUUAUGAGGUGCAAGUAAAUUUCACCGAGUUUGCAGAAAAUUCGACGUUGCCGACACAAAUAGAUAAGCAAGGAAGUCGAGGAAGUGAUCCCUACAAAGUGGCAACUUUCGUGUUGUUAACACUCCUGAUCCUUGCAAUGGUGUUUAUAGUUCAUUUAAUGAGACAAAAUAGACGCCUGAACCAAGGAAAUGCUUUGCCCGAGGUAUAAAUUUCACGAGCCAAGUAACAAUGCAGUUUUGGGAGAAAAAAAUGAAAAUUUAAAAAAAAAUAUCAA